CCCGAGUGCCAGAAAAUGUCUAUUCUCAAGAUCCUUGCCCGAGAGAUCUUUGUUUCACGUGGGAACCCCACUGUUGAAGUUGAUCUCUACACCUUAAAAGGUCUCUUCUGAGCGGCUGUGCCCAGCGGUGCCUCCACUGGCAUCUACGAGGCCCUAGAACUCUGCGACAAUGAGAAGACUUGCUACAUGGGGAAGGUUGUCUCAAAGGCUGUUGAGUGCAUCAAUAAAACUAUCAGAUCUGCUCUGGUUAGCAAGAAACUGAACGUUGUGGAGCAAGAGAAGAUCAUGAUUGAGAUGGACGGCACUGAGAAUAAAUCUAAAUUUGGUGCAAGCAUCCUGGGAGUUUCCCUGGCAGUCUGCAAAGCUGGUGCCGCAGAAAAGGGGGUACCCCUGUACUGUCACAUCGCUGACUUGGCUGGCAACCCUGAAGUUAUUCUGCCCGUCCCUGCUUUCAACGUGAUCAAUGGUGGUUCCUACGCUGGCAGCAAGCUGGCCCUGCAGAUCCUUCCCUUGGGGGCGUCCACCUUCCGGGAAGCCAUGCGCAUUGGGGCAGAGGUUUACCACAACCUGAAGAAUGUCAUCAAGGAGAAAUACGGGAAGGAUGCCACCAAUGUGGGUGAUAAGGGCGGGUUUACACCCAACAUCCUGGAGAACAAAGCUCUGGAGCUGCUGAAGAAUGCAAUCGGGAAGGCCGGCUACACGGACCAGGUUGUCAUCGGGAUGGAUGUGGCUGCCUCUGAGUUCUUCAGGUCUGGCAAGUAUGACCUGGGCUUCAAGUCUCCUGAUGACCCCAGCAUAAUCACGCCUGAGCAGCUGGCUGAUCUGUAUAAGUCCUUCAUCCAGGAGUAUCCAGUGGUGUUCAUCGAGGACCCCUUUGACCAGGAUGACUGGGAGGCCUGGAAGAAUUUCACAGCUAGUGCAGACAUCCAGGUGGUUGGGGAUGAUCUCACAGUAACCAACCCUAAGAGGAUUGCCAAGGCUGUCAGUGAGAAGUCCUGCAACUGCCUCCUGCUCAAAGUCAACCAGAUUGGCUCUGUGACCUAGUCUCUGCAGGCGUGUAAGCUGGCUCAGUCCAAUGGCUGGAGUAUCAUGGUGUCCCAUCGCUCCGGGGAGACGGAGGACACUUUCAUUGCCGACCUGGUGGUAGGGCUCUGCACUGGGCAGAUCAAGACUGGUGCCCCUUGCUGUUCUGAGCAUCUGGCCAAGUACCAUCAGAUCCUUAGAAUCGAGGAAGAGCUGGGCAGCAAGGCCAAGUUUGCUGGCAGAUGCUUCAGGAACCCCCUGGCCAAGUAAAGUGGGUGGAGAUCCUGGAAACACCUGCUGCUUAGACCCUGUCCCUGGUGUCAUCAACGAGGCUCAAGGCAGCCCAGUGCUUGUCCCUCCCAUGCCACCGCUUCCUUAGGCCACCUGGAGCCCUGCUGGAAACCCCAGCUUUGUAAUCAUGUGAUUGGCUGAGUCGUUGUUUGUUACCUCACUUCCCAGCUAGUGUAUGGAUCCCAGUGUAAUCUGUAGGGUGGCCACAGACAAGACCCCCACGCCAGCGGUUCUAAAUAUAAAAUAGAAGCCUCGGUAAGAGCCCUCA